AGUAGAAACACAAAUUAGGUCUCAUUUGAUCCGUCUCACUAUCAAAGCUCAUUAUUCUGUUUGCUCCUUCUUUAAUACGGGCACGUGAGCAGAAGAGAAGUCGCGCGGCAGGUGAAGAGAAAAUCUCCCGGAUGAAGGCAGAGGAAAGUAACCAGCGGCAGGAGGAGGAAGUGUCACUUUAAAACGGAGACGGACGGUUAAGGUCAAUAAAUAGUUCCUACUUAUUUUUAUUUGGCGGGCUCCGUAAGUUUCAGUUCUAAAACUACAGGAGAAUAAGAUGAGUUUGGGAGUUGUAGUCUAUUAAAAGUAACAUUCCUAAACUGGCACGGUAAAUCAACUCAGAAAAACUACAUUUCCCAUAAUGCACCUAGCGACAGCUGACUUUUGCUCGUACUUUUGUUGUGGAGCGAAACAAACCGGACACGUUUUAAACCUUGUUUUGUUUGCAGCAUGUCUGAAUAUCCGCCCUUCCUGUACGGAAAGUCUCGUUUCAACCAGGCCAUCAUCCACCCUGACACGGGGGAAAAGAUCUKCAUGCCCUUUCGGAUGUCAGGUUUUAUUCCGUUUGGAACACCAGUGGUCGGGCUGAAUAUUUUAAUCCAGAAAGCCAGCAGCCUCAGUCCAGCCACCAGGCUUCUGGUGCAGAGGUUCAUCCCGUUCCCUGCAGUGGCGAGUGCAAACAUCUGCAACGUGGUGCUGAUGAGACAUUCAGAGCUGUCGGAGGGCAUCGUUGUGUUCGAUGACGACGAGAACGUGGUGGGGACGUCAAAAAUAGCUGCAAGACAUGCACUUUUGGAGACUGCCAUGACCAGAGUGGUCAUGCCCAUGCCAAUCAUGGUACUUCCUCCCAUGAUCAUGGCUGUACUGGAAAAACUCCCUCUCCUGCAGAGACAGCGGAGACUCGUCCUGCCUGUCCACAGUCUGGUGUGUCUUGCCUCCUUUGGCCUGGCUCUGCCGCUCGCUAUCAGCCUGUUUCCACAGAUGUCUCAGAUCAGCGUGAAGCAGCUAGAGCCAGAGAUUGCAAUGGCAACAGAUUGUAAGAUUGUGACAUACAAUAAAGGACUAUGAGCGAUCUCUCUGCUGGCUGCCACGAGAGGAAGAACCCGCUGCUCGCCGCAGGUCAAACCAUCAGAGGCUGCCAGAGACUGAUGGUGGAGGUAGCAUACGCUCAGAGAACAGCAGCUGAUCCCGACAAUCUUACGUUCAUACAGAGAUAAUAGUCAUUAAAUAGCAGUAACAGUGACRGCAAAAUAUACAUCACAAUAGCUCAAAGUCAUAACGACAUAACAGCAUGGACGCUUACCAACUAAAUUAAUGCCAAAAAUUCUGUUUUAAAGCUUCCGUGAAGCCUUCUGUCAUAUAUUAAUCAGCUCACCAAGGAUUACCUGUCUUCUAACAGAUACUUUGCCUUUUUUUUAAUAAAUUGGCAAUAAAUGUGAAGAAAAUUGGUUAAUUAAAAAAGUAGCAAAAGAAAAAAAAACAGGAAAACACCCACGUUUAACAUUCACUGGAGUUCAUGCUGGAUCAGAAAUAAAACAUAUGGGAAACUGAUGAAUAGAAUCGGUGUACAGAUCUGUUUAUCAAUUUGCCUUAAUUAAAAAAAUCUGUGAUGUAUUUUAGUCAAGUUUCUGUUUCCGUGACUGCAUGAAUAUGGGAGUAAAACUCAAAAUAAACCUUUUUUGUUCUGUA